AAUGGCUGGGAAUGGCAGGGCAGAGCCGGCAGCCUCUAGGUCUCAGCCCCAAUGCUGCUGAGUGGUGCCUCCGAGUUUUCUGAUACCCUCCAAAGCCCCAAAGAGGAAUCCUGCAAUUAGUGUAUCUAACUCCUCCUUUACUGCAGUCUUCUCUCCUAUUGGUAAAAGGUCUUCACAGGCUCAUGUAGGGAUCCCACCCCUUUUGUGGGUUUUCAUUCUGAAGCUAUCCACAACUUUACACCUGAAUGAAUGCCAAGCCUCUCUGAAUAUAUAAAGGAAACCUUCAAGAGCAAUUUCAGAGUUACCCAGAAGAAGCAGAAGAAAAAGAUUUCAACCAGCUCUGUCAGACAGAGACUGAACCAACCAUGCUUCUCCCUGCCAUCCACUUCUAUGGCUUUCUCCUAGCUUGCAUCUUCACCAAAACCUACUCGGCUUUCAAGAACGAUGCCACAGAGAUACUUUAUUCCCAUGUCGUUAAACCCGCUGCAGCGAGCCCCAGCAGCAACAGCACCUUGAAUCAAGCCAGGAACGGAGGCAGGCACUACACCGGCACUGGAUCCGACCGUAACAAUCGUGUUCAAGUUGGCUGUCGGGAGCUGAGAUCCACCAAGUACAUUUCAGACGGGCAGUGCACCAGCAUCAACCCGCUGAAGGAGCUGGUGUGUGCUGGCGAGUGCCUCCCUUUGCCGCUGCUCCCCAACUGGAUUGGAGGAGGUUAUGGCACCAAGUACUGGAGCAGGAGGAGCUCGCAAGAGUGGAGAUGUGUCAACGACAAAACUCGCACCCAGAGGAUCCAGCUUCAGUGCCAGGAUGGAAGUAUAAGAACCUACAAAAUAACUGUGGUCACGGCCUGCAAGUGCAAGCGAUACACCAGGCAGCACAAUGAGUCCAGCCACAACUUUGAGGGAACCUCCCAAGCGAAACCUAUCCAGCAUCACAAAGAGAGGAAAAGAGCCAGUAAAUCCAGCAAACACAGUACAAGUUAGAAGUCAGACAUUCUCUCUUCUCUCACCUCCCUCUCCUCCUGCCAAAACUGAACUCACCUGUAACCAUUUGCUUUACCGUUCUGACUGCUUAAAGACAAGUCUGCCAUUGCUGUGUUCUCAGUCGACACUACACGCUUAUUGCUUUGACCAAAAUCAAAAGGGGCAUUCUCAGCAUAUGGACCUUUUGGGUGAUUUUUCCAAAUGCUCAAGAUGGGGAAUAACACAAGCCUUCCAAACCCACACUAAAAACUUUUGCAUUUUCUCCAGCCAUGGAGGCCAAGAAAAUUUGCCAUGAAUAUUCACUGAAGUCUAUUUUGUAAAAAGAUGCUUUGUUGUGUGUUUUCAUGAGAACAGUUAUCACAUCUAUUGCCUUCUGUAUCCUGUUUUAUGAACUUCUGACAACAGCUUAAAAGUACAACACCUAGUAUCUGCUUUCAGACUCUUUCUAAAAAAAAAAAAUGCCUUGCAUGCUGACCUUUCUCUUAUCUCAGUAUACCAAAAAUUAAAAUAUGCAUGGCAGCAAUCAAAAAGUAAAGCUGAGCAAACUAUUUAUUUGUUGUUGUAAUUAUUUAAUGAGCUUUUAUGUGUGUUAUUUCCCUCCAAAAUGUUCUUAUGUUUAUAGCUUUUCUCAUGUAUCAAAGUAUUUUCCUAUGAUUUGUGGCUGGAUUAGAACAUACAUUUUGUAGAUAAUGUAAAAUAGACAUUUUUAGCAUUCUUGGUAUAUAUAUUUUCAUUUUGAACAUUCAUAGACUUAGGCGUUAUUUUGAAAUAGCAACAUAAAAAUUGUUUUUUUCAUUCUCCACUCUGUAUUAUUUUUGUUUAAAAGUGUGCAAUCAAAAGACAGAUAUGAUGAUUUCCUUUCAAACUCAUCAGUUUCUUUUUUUUUUUACAAAAAUAAACACUGAUUAAAAA